UCAUUAAUUUACCAUACACCCACACAUUUUACUCUUACUCUUCACUCUCAUUCUCAGACGCAGACAGCCUCCACAUUUAAACUCUCACUCACGCCGAAUCUGCCCUUGCCGCUGGCCUCCACACGCCGGCCUGAUCAUCGAUGAUUCUAUUCUCACGGUGACGGUAUGAUUCUUCCCUUUUCUUUCUCAGUUUCUCUGUCUCUAUCGCUUCGUUCGCCAGCUCUCUCUCUCUCUCUCUCCAACCGGCCCAAAAACCAAAAACCGAUCGAAACCGACUGAUUCCCAAUUAUUUCGGUCGGUUUCGGUUGGCCAAACACUAAAAUACCGGCCGAACCGAAUUCUCAAUGAUGUCUAAGCUCAGGAAUUUGUCAUCGGAGCGUCUCCCACACGACGUCGUGAUCGACAUCCUGACUCGGCUGCCAGUGAAAUCCUUAAUCAGAUUCAGGUGCGUUUCUAAAUCUUGGUACUCUACAAUCACCGACCCCCUUUUCAUUACCAAACACUUGAACCUCAACAACAAAGCCAAAUCAUUAUCAUCCAAUGACAAUCAUAAUGGUUUUCUUCUGUAUACCCAUGACAAACAACUGUAUACGGCUGCUUGCAAUGACGAUCCCACAUUGACAUUGACAUUGACUGAGGUUUGUAGGUUUCAAAUCCCUUUUCCUGUAGAUAUGGUUGACUAUUGUAAUGGCAUGUUCUUGAUUUUUGGAAGUCGUGAUACUUUAAUAUAUUUAUGGAACCCAAGUAUUCAAAAGUUUAAGAUGCUUACGAUUGCCGAUGGUCGCAAUGGCUACAGUCUUGGACUUGCCUAUCAUUGUCAAAACAAUGACUUCAAGAUUCUCAAAAUUGUCCUAAAUUCAAUUUUUUGCAAUAACAAAGGUCCGCGGUUUGAGGCCAAGGUUUACGCAUUGAGUGCGGGUUUGUGGAGAAGGAUUGAAUUUUCGGUGGAGUCGAUACCCAAUCUUGGAUCUAUUUUAGAAAUACAAUAUGAACCCUUUUUAUUUUUUAAUGGAGCUCUACAUUUUAUGGCAUAUACUUGGGGUGAAAACAACACUAACAAUUUCAUUUUGUCCUUUGAUGUCAAUGAUGAAAUAUUCCGAGAGAUAAGACUGCCAGAGAAUUACUUAGAUAGAUUUAUUUUUGACUAUCAGGCAGUUCACAAACUUGUGGUGUUCAAGGGAUCAUUGGCUCUAAUUGUUUUUGGUCCUCCUGUAUUUGAUUAUGAAGAUGGCGAUGUUUUAGAUAAAUGCGACAUAUGGGUGAUGGGACAGUAUGGUGUGGUUGAGUCUUGGACAAAAAAAACUGUAGGACUCAAGAGGAUUAAGAAUUUCUUUGGCUGCACUGAAAGUGGUCAACUUCUAAUUAUGAUGCCUCCGGGAAGGACGGUUUCGUAUGACCCUGAAAGUCUAUAUGAGAACAAUAUUGGAAUUUCAAGUCCUAACUGGAUGGCCUACACAACUGAUCUUAUGGAAAGCCUGGUUUUACUUGAUCACAAAUAAAUGUCAUCCAAAACUGAAGAUAAACCAAUGAAGUAAAUGAUGCUCUAUUUUAUGUUUUAUUUUGCUUUUCCUUAUUGUAAUAUUAAAUCAAUGAAGCCAUCAUUAUGUUCUUUUUUUCUUCUAUUGUGGUACACAUGAAAGUAAUGUAGUAAUCCUAGUAGAUUUUUGUGGUCAUUCUAACACAUGGCAAUGUCACAGUGAAAAUUAUAUGUUUUUAGCCCAGAUAACCUUGUUUCACUUGUCCUGUCAUAAUGAAUAUUGGACUGGUUAUCAAGUUUAUAAUUGAAAUUGGUUUUACUUGUAAAUUAUUGGUACUUGGUGGUACCCUUGAUUUUGAUUUUUGUCAACUCACCUUGUUGGAUAUCAUGCUUUGAUUUCUAGGCAACAAAAUAAUAUUUUCUAUAAACUAUGAAUUUGUUGUGCAAGCUCAAUUGAUUGUCCCCAGCCCCCUUCCAUAUUUUUUCCUUUCUUAUUGAUUUAUCUAUCAAUUUAUAAUUCCAUUCUCUUUUUAAGAUGGCAAGCAUCUGUAGAUUUAUAUGAAUAGAAGAAUAAACUUUUGGAAUUAGGUCUCAAGUUUAAUUAUUAAAGUUUUUAAUAAUGAAUUGAUUGCAUAAGCCUGGUUUAUAGACUUGUUUUGGAUGUCAGGGAAAAUCAUCAAGAUUUUGGCUGUCUCCUUUUCUUUUUAAAUCGAUUUUUCUUCUUUUUGUUGUCCUACCACUAAAUGCUUUUUUUUUUUUUUCAACAUCUAUGUAUGCUUAAAAACGUUGUUUGUUAAGCUGCAGAUUGCACAUCAACCUAGCAUAUAUGCCCUAGACACUCUAGGUGUAUUGGUUCCAACUAUCUUUGAUAUAGGGACAAGACUGAUACUAGCUCUUGCAGAUACAAUACUCAUGCAAAUUAUUUCUCUAGAGAUUUCUUUAUAAUUUGUAUAGUACACGUGAAUCUACACACUUGUAUACACACAAUAAAUCAUGCAUGCUUUUUAAGCAUAAGGUAUGCUAAUCUUGCUUGAAAGUUGGCUGUUGUAAAUAGACAGAAAAAAGCUAUUGUUAUCUCCAACUACUACUACUACUAUUAAGAGAAGCAUAACUUGACCCACCUUGAGUCAAUUCAGUCACAACAAGGCAACUAAUUUCAGCCUAGGUUGGGUUGGGUGAGGGCUAAAAAUUUCACAUAUUGAGCUGUGCUGGUUAGGGAUGAGACUUACAUGCUCUUGUUUACCUCCAACAAGCUCAGGUUGCCCAAGUUGCAGCCUCUAAAAUUGAGCUUGGCAUCUUGAGAUAUUAUGAAGUAUAUGUACGUGUGUAUACUGAUCAAUAAAAAUAGUAUAUAUGUGUGUGUAAACCAGCCCAGGUUGCUCAAGUUGCAGCCUCUAUUUUCAGCUUGCAUCUCAAAAUUUCAUCAGUCUAUCUAUUACAUAUAUUAAACAGAGUGUAGAGCCCAGGAAAAGUGUUUUGGUUCAAUGGAAUUUUGGUGAGCCAAAACGGUGCAUAUUGCCUAAUUAGUUUUGUGAGAAAAAAAUAGCCCAGGAGAAGGGCUGCACCAAUAUGAUGAGAGACUUGCAGUGUUCAAGGAAUUGCUAGCUUCAUUUGUCUUCAGUGAUUUGAUAAAUUAACAUUAGGGAGUAUGAUUUUGUUGAGUCUUGGACUAAAAAUGAGAAUGAACUUCUGCAAUCUGUACGGGAUGCAUAAAGUUGAUUCAUUGGUCAUAAGAAAUAAGUCAAAUUAAUAUUUUAAAUAGCAGGCUUUUAAUUUUUGCUCACACAUUUAAUUGCUUAUGCAUUUUUUUAUUGACAGAGACAAUUUAUAUGCUUGAAUUCUCUUUAAUUUUGUAUACAGCAGAAGUGCAAGUCAAAUUUUCUCCAGAACACUACGAUCAAACGCAUGUAUACAUACAUUUUCAUGUUUUUGACAUUAUUAGAUCUAUUAAUUAAAGAAAGUAGAUGCUUUGUUUAAUUUGCUCACUAUCCAAUGAUGGUUGAUGGUUUGUGGCUUU